AUGAUCAAGCGACGGCCAACGAAACCAGUCUACGUCGGCGGCGUGAAGGUGGGCGGCGACGCCGAAAUCACUGUCCAGUCCAUGACCAAGACCGACACGCGCGACGUGGCGGCCACGGUGCGGCAGAUCCACGAGCUGGAGGAGGCGGGCUGCGACAUCAUCCGCUCCGCCGUUCCGGACAUGGAUGCCGCCAUCGCCAUGGGCGAGAUCAAGAAGCAGAUCAACAUUCCGCUGAUCGCCGACAUCCACUUCCACUACCAGCUGGCGCUGAAGUGCCUGGAGGGCGGGAACGUGCCCAUCCGCAUCGGGGUCAACUUCGGCAGCCUGCCCCCGGUGGGCGGCAUCGGCCGGACGCGGGGCUUCUCGCGGCACAUGGACCUGGUCAACAAGCUGCCCAAGGCCGACGAGGCCAACGAGGGCGACUACAGCGCGGUGGACCACAUGGUGGCGACGGCGCUGUGGGAGAUCAGCCUGCUGGAGGAGCAGGACUUCGACCAGAUCAAGAUCUCGAUGAAGGCCUUUGACGUGCCGACGACCGUGGAGGCGUAUGCGCGGCUGGCCGAGAUGGUGCCAUACCCGCUGCACCUGGGGAUAAACCGAGGCGGGCACCAAGACGUCCGGGGCAUCGGCGAUACCAUCCGGGUGUCGCUGAGCGACGACUCGGUGGACGAGGUGAUCGCGGGCUACGAGAUCCUGAAGUCGCUGAACCUGCGAAGCAAGGGCGCGGUGCUGGUGGCAUGCCCGAGCUGCGGGCGGGCCGACGUGGACGUGCGCAAGCUGGCCAACGACGUGGACGCGCUGCUGCGCAAGAGCAACAGGAACAUCAAGGUCGCGGUGAUGGGAUGCGAGGUCAACGGUCCCGGCGAGGCCAAGGACGCCGACGUUGGCAUCGCCGCCGGAGCGGGCCGGGCGGUCAUCUUCCGCAAGGGCGAGAAGGUGCGGGUGGUGCCGGAGGCGGAUAUGCUGACGGCGCUGAUGGAAGAGGUGGAGGCGGAGCCGGAGCCUGCGGACUGA